AUGACCGCGGAAAAGAAGCUCCUGUACACAAGGGUGUCUGCCCCCAAAGUCCCCAGAAAGCGAUCACGAGCCGGUUGCAAUUAUUGGCAAGUAUUCUCCUUCUCUCGACGACCUGGUAAACCAGUCUGGUCGCUAACUCGACGCAGUAGAGACAAGAAGAAGAAGUGCGAUGAAAUUCGGCCGACUUGCAGUAGAUGCCAGGAGCAUGGCGAGAAGUGUCGGUAUGAACCAGCCAAGCCGCGUCAACGCCGCAGGGUUGAGGCCGCCAGCAAGAAUCCAUUCAACGACGAUCCGGCCGAGUACUGCAAGCCCUGCGUGCCCGUCCAGACGUGGGAUUCUCAGCUCGCCUUGACGAGGACAUCAACCUCCCAGGGGCACCACCCCAGUCCUUGCGACGUCUCUGGAUGCAUAUCAACGGAUCGUGGACGCGACUCUCCGGCUCCUUGUGGCCAACCGUCAUUACCUUUGUCAGAUAAUGCCACGCAGCUCUUAUCAAAGGGCCACAAUGUUCCCUCAAACCCCAGUCACAUCUCAUUAGUGGCCCUCAGCACGCCUGCCGCCACCCCGUCACCGCUGUGCGAGUUUUAUGCCCCUGUGUUCGAGGAAUUCUCCAACGACUACCAUCACCGACUCCUUGUUGAUCACUUUUGUAACACCCUUUCCCAUCUGAUAGUCCUGAGAGAAGAUGAGGGGAAUCCAUUCCAGCAACUUGUUCUUCCACUUGCACACAACAGCCCGCCUGUAAAGAGUGCCAUCCUUGCCCUUGCCAGCGCUCACUUGGAAGGAAACGGCGUUGAGAAGAUGGAAAACGAUGAGAAAAGUAUCCAGUUUCACAACCAAGCCAUUCGUGGCCUGGCAGAGCUCAUAGGAGAGGGCCGGAAUGGAAGCAGGAAUGAGUUGUUGGCAGCCAUUAUGUUACUGGUAUAUUACGAGGUGCUUGUACAGAGACGGCAUUCAAAUCUGGUCCAAGGUCAUUUAAAGGGGGCCAUGGCAAUAAUGCGGAAUGUGCCAAACAGAAUUGACCGGACUAGUUUGUUCCUAGACCGAGCCUUUCGAUUUUACGAUGUGAUUGCAGCUUUGUCAUCUGGUACAGCGCCAGUGUCAGAUCGUCCAAGCUGUGACGGUUUGAAGGGGCUUCUCGAGCAGACGGGCUCGCAAUCGCCAUCGCUGUGUGAGAGUGUAGACGCCUUGCUCGGCCUCGCGACAUCUCUUUGGCCAGUCAUUCACAGGCUUUCAAGUCUGCUUGCUCUCAAGAACCGUAUUGAAGAAUCAUUAUCUCGGGGCAACUUCUCGGGUGCCAUCGCCCUGCGUGACAAACUUGGCGCGGAAUGCGCCGCUAUUGAGUCUUGUCUCGAGCAAUGGCAGCCGAGCUUACCGGUGGACUUUCAUGUUGAGGCCAAUCCUGGACGGUCCAUGGUCAAUGCCGGGGCUAGAAUGAGGCAGUUUCAAAGCAUUUUCAAUACGGCCUUGGCCUACAGGCACUCAGCUCUGGUGUACCUGUAUCGAACCAUUCAUGAGCGUACCAGAGGUGACCCAAUUGUGCAGUACCAUACGUCCGUCAGCCUCGUACACUGCGAGACGACUGUGAGACACGACGGACCUAUGGGUGCACUGUUAUGGCCGUUAUUUGUUGCGUCCUGUGAGGCUGUUGAACCAGCGGAUAGGCACCUGGCCAGCAGGGCAUUUAGGGGAAUUGGUCAAAGGCAGGGAAUGACCAACAUCGACAGAGCUUGGGAGGUGGUGCAAGAAGUCUGGAACCGGGCAGAUGAGAUGGAUGACCACAGCCCGGAGGCGAUCGUCACUGCAGCAGCACCGGACAAGAAGGAUCUAUGGAGAAGAGUGAGCGAAGACAUGGGCAUGACCAUCGUCUUUGGAUAG